AUGGCAACUUUCUCAAAUUUCAACAUCACAUUAUCUUCGAAGAAUACUAAGUAUCUGUCUGUGUUUCAUGGGUUAAGAAACCAAAACCCAAAUGGUUGUUUAUUCAACAAAUGUUUCCAAUUUCAACCUCAAUCUAUGUCUUCUAAGAUGGUGUCAGCUUCUACUAACAUAGCUUCUGAUAUGUAUGUUGGAAGAAACUCAAGCAAAAUCAACAGCAAGAUUUACACAAACAUAGAUUCUUGUCUUGUGAUUCCACCACCUACUUCAACCAAACCUAGGGCUAUAAUCAAAUUCAUUGGUGGUGCUUUCAUUGGAGCUAUUCCUCAACUUACUUAUGGCUAUUUGAUUGAGUUAUUGGCUAAGGAAGGGUUUGUGGUUGUUGUGGUGCCUUACAAUGUGACAUUUGAUCAUUCUCAAGCUGCUAAACAAGUAUAUGAGAGAUUUCAUACUUGUUUGAAUACAAUCCUCACGUCUGGGUUGCCUCAAUUCAAUUUGUCACCUGCUCAGCUUGGAGACCUUCCUCUUUUCUCUGUUGGCCAUAGCAAUGGUGCACUUCUUCAAGUACUCACAGGAAGCUUAUUUUCUGAGAAAUUACCCAAGGCAAAUGCUGUAAUCGCUUACAAUAACAGACCAGCAACAGAGGCGGUUCCUUACUUUGAGCAGUUGGGUCCUGCAGUCAGCCAGAUGAUGCCGGCUGUGGAAGCAAAUCCUAUUCUGUCAAUAGCUAGAAAUGCACAAGGAGAUGCAUGGAAAAUGAUGCUGGAUACUGUCGGGUCAGUUCUGCAGGAAAGCGAGCAGGAAGUUCUGAAUUCUUUAACUAAAUUUGUUGAUCAACUGCCUUUAGUAUUUAAUGAGGUUACACAAGGAGUCUCAGAGUUCAAGCCGACACCAUCAGAAAAUCGUGAUUGCUUUAAAACUUCAUACAAUGUCAAACACACAUUAUUGGUGAAAUUCAACUCCGACACAAUUGACGAGACAAAUAUUCUUGAAGAAACACUCACACCUCGUGUCGAGUCGUUCGGCGGUACGGUAGAAAAAGUAGAAUUGAGUGGUAACCACAUCACACCAUGCAUCCAGGAACCAAGAUGGCAAGUAGGUAAAUUGUAUACUCCCGCAGAUGCUGUUGCACAAAGGCUUAAAUCUCUUUCUUUGAGUGAUACUAGAAUCCUUGCUAGAACCAUUAGUGAUUGGUUCAAACGUUUCGAGGAUUGA